GGACUGCAUAAAGUAUGAACUGAAUGUACAAACAAAUCCCUCUCAAUAAGUAUUUGUAUUACAACUUACAUUUCCCGCAGUCCGCAGAGCGCUCUUAUCAAUUUGAGUGCAGAUAAUAGGUUUUGAUAAGAUAUUUGAACUUGAUUUGUCGUCUAGACUACGGCGCGCUCCUAACGAGCGCGUAUUUUUCCACAACUAUGUUUUUAACAUUUUAAUUUGUACUUAGUAUGCACCACGGCCAUUGUAGGCAUUGUUAGAUGUUUUUUGUGAAUUUAUGCCGGCAAUAUGACAGUUUCUAGUACCGAUAUGUAUGGUCUGGUAUCUCAACAAUUAAAAAAAAAUUAUAUUGUAGUAUCAAGAGAAAACGAAUGGUUCAAACAAUGUAUAGAUUUUUUUAAAUUAAACAAUCAAAAUAUAAAUAUAAAAGAUUUGUCUUUAAAGGUAGCUGAACAACUUAGUUUAGCAGAUUUUAAACAAAUUUCAUUAUCUUGUUUACCUACCAAUUUGAACAACAAUGAAAAUACAGUUUUACAAGGAACAUAUAGUCUUCAAGUAAACACUAUUAUCAAUAUAGGACAGUCAUGUUAUUCACAAUACAAUACAAUACUUAAGAAAGAUAUUAGUAACUCAGAAGUCAACGAUUCUAAGCCAGCAGCUUGGGAGCCAAAAUUACAUAGAAUGUUGAAAUUGUCAUGCACUGAUGGUCAGCAAGAUGUAUUAGCUAUGGAGUAUGAAUCAUUACCUAUCCUUAAAGAACCAUUUGUACCUGGAUUUAAAAUAACUGUGAUUGGCCCAGUUGAAUACAGAAAAGGAGUUAUAUUGCUCAAACCACAAAAUUUGCAUUUAAUAGGCGGUGAAGUUGAUGAUCUGUUGAUCUCGAAUGCGCCAUUAAAUGUGUUAUGCAAAAUUUUGAAGAAACCAUUAUUAGCUAAUCCAUAUACAUUUUCUGAAAUAGAAAUUGAAAAUACAGCUCUAAAAACAAACGAAACUCACGAAAACAUCCAAUCUAGGCCGGCAGAAAAUGUUAGACCACCAAGUAAUUUAGGACCACCCACCAUUUCUAAUCAAAGUAAUAGAUGUAAUACGGAUGGAAAUGACAUAAUUUCUUUUGAUGAUUUUAUGGAUGAUGAUGAAGCAGAUUUAUUAUGUUUAACUCAAGUAGCAGAACUUGAAUCACGCUUAAAUCAACCUACGUCAACAGAGAGCUCAACAAGACAAUUAAGCCUACCUCAACAACACAAAAACAUUAUUAACACUUCAAUUCCUGAAAACAUAAGUAAACCAACUGUAAAAAAGACUAAUGUAACCAAACAAACCAAAUUAUCAAAUGUUUUCAAUUCACAAAACCCUGGACCUUCUAGACACUCAGUUCACCCAACUAGUAAUAUUUUAAAUACAUCAAUUGAGACUAACAAUUCAGCUGAUAAUCAAAUAUCAGCUAAACGAGAAGCAAGUAGUUCUCCAGUACAUGCUCAACCUAAACGAUCAUCAUUAGAAUUCCAAGUGACUGAUGUAGAAAUGGAUACAAUCGAUUUUGAAUUCCCUGAAUAUAAAACAGUAAAUGAAGCUAAAACAGUUCAGCUUUCAAAAAUUCAAGUGAAACAGAACAAGUGGAUUUGUUCUGGUAAAAUUAGUUACGGAACAAUACAUGAAGAUGUAGAGUUUUCAACACCAGUUUUAGAACGCUUAAUAGGUGUUCUUUCACACGAAGUUGCACCACUAAGAGAGAAUCCUAAUAAAUGUCGUUUGUUAAAAGAAAAAAUUGAAAAAGGUAUUAAAUUUGCUGAGAGAAAAUUGUACUUAUAUAAAGGUAAAAUGGUGUUGAAAUAUUAUUCUAUAGAAGGAAAGAAACCUUGUGUUGUUGAAUUAGACGAUUUAAAUUAAAAACAAUAAAACGAUAAAUUAUACGGAAAAUCUUUUGUUGCCCAUGAGAAGAUCUAUUGGGAGCCAGUAGUCUGUGUAGAAGUGGUAACUACAAUAAUAGCUGUUUUUCCCUCUAGUGAAUAUGUUUUUCGAAACAAAUUAAUGCUAACCGCUAACUGUUGGUUUUCAUUCAUGUAUGUAUUUUGUAAAACGUUUAUUCUGAUUAUUAACAAAGCGGUUGUGUACCUACAAAAAUGAGUUACUUUAGUAGUAAUUUGAGUAACAAUAUUAUCAGUAGAUCGAAGAUAUUAGAAUGUUACCGUUACUUAUUUUUGCUACUGUCUAAACUCUAAGAUAAUUUGCAACAGAAAUUGCAAUAAGUAAAAUGUCCUCGUGUAUACGCUAUAGGUAGAUUGUAGAUGUACAAGAAGUACCUAAAUAUUGCAGUAGUUUAUCUUGCAUAAUUGUUAUUGCUUUUACGCGCACACGUAUAUACAUUUUAUUUAUUAAUUACUCUUUGUUAUAUACUCUUUUUCAGAUAACUUAAAAAUGUAAUUUCUCUACAUUUCUAUAUUUUUCCUUCAAAAUUGAACCAUUUUAAUUCUAGGUUGAAAAUUAGUUAUUGAAUAACAUAAAUUAUCAGAUACUAAUAUUUGUAUUUUUAAUGACUCGAAUGAAAUAAACAAAUAUCAUUAAUUUAAAAAGCUCAAGAACACUGAACAGGUAGGUACAUCGUGUGGGAUCUAUUUGCACAAUUUUAAUUUUUACGAAUCUUGAAUAGCAGACGAGAGGAGAAGAGAUAGAGAGUAAUAUUAAUAACUAUUUCAAUCUUAAUAUAUAAUUACCAGCUCAUAGUUAGUUAAUUAUUUUGUAUGGAUAUUAGACUAUUAAUAGUUAAAGGUGGUUGAGAUUUGUUUUAACGUUCUUACCCAAAAGUGAGCGAACACAUUUAUGUCGAAAAGUUUUCUUAUGGUCGCCUCAUUGUGAGCUUCCAAGGGUUUGCAAGGCAUUAUUCCCGCAUUAUUGACUAGUAUCGUGACUGUGCCCACUUCACUUUUCACUUUAUCGCCGAGUUCUCUUACAUUUUCCAAUGACGAUACAUCACAUCUAAAAAUGAGGGUUAGUAAUUUAGUUUUUGAUUUAUUUUGCAUUAUAAAAUGAUAUAUACCUCCCUGGGGGUCUGAGCGUACUUAUUAGAUAUUAUUAUAAUCGAAUCAUGUUAUCGUGAUUAAAGUUUAACAUUACAUAUUAAUCAUUCUAUUAGGUAUUUUACACUGUAUUGUGAAAAUGUUUAUCCAUCUAUUUUGAGUAAACUCGAGAAAUCAAUUAAUUUAACGCACUAAGUAGUAGUCAGUUACCCGACGUGAAUGUGAUUUAUAAGUUAUAACACGCGUUAAACCCUAAGAAGACGUACCUUAAUUUUUUCUUAUUAUAAUUUAUUUUUGACAAAUAUGGCACGCAUGCAUUUAAAAAAAAUGUUUUUUUUUUAAAUUCCACGUCACCUAUUUUAUCUAGAAUUAACUUGAUACUUUUUGACAUGUUCAUGACGUAUUUUUCCUUGGUGUCAACUUUUCUUUUGGGUGGACAAAUUCGGGUAAUACUUUUUGCGUUUCCUCGUACAAUAGCCGAGUGUGAUAUGUUAAUUAAGCCGUUAGCGCGACCGGUUCACGGUUCAACCCCGGUCGUGAAUAUACACUAUUAGAAUUUUUUCCGUGCGUUUCUCAUUGAUAUGUUAUUUGUUUAUUAUAAAUAAUAAUUUAUUUCUUUGACGGUCGCUUCAAUAAACAAUUAUAAUAAUUGAAUCGCUUAUUUUAAAAAAAAAAACCUAACGCCAAAAUCGACAAUUUUGCGUUUAAUUGUUAGCUUACAACAGAAACCCUAUAGAUGGCUAGUGGCCCUUGCUUCUUUUCUAUGACCUUGAAAUGUUAGUUUACCGCAGAAACCCACUGAGCACAGUUGUUUAGGCGAUUUCUGCGCUAAACGUUAAUUGGCGACUGAUAAUACUAUAAAUAACUCAGUUUUUGACAUUUUCAUGUCUUUGCUCUGGCACUUAACCGAAAAAAUUAUAACAAAAAAAGUGUUACCAAAAAAGAAAUGGGGAUGAAGAUGAG